AUGUCAACCUCUGGUGGUCCCAAAGGCGCCAAAGAUCUCGACAUCGCCGACCUUCUCGAUCGCGGUCCGUGGUGGAAGAAUGGCAGGUUAUGGAGUCUGAACCUUUGGUUGUUGCUCUUGCUCCUGACUUCAUACGCCAAUGGGUAUGAUGGGGCCAUGAUGAACAACCUUCAAGUACUGGACCAGUGGAGAGUCACUAUGGGUGAUCCGUCCAAGGAGAAACUUGGGAUUCUGACUGCCAUUCGUAACAUUGGCCUGCUGGCAGGCACACCGUUCACACCCUAUGUCAUGGACGGAUUUGGCCGGCGGGUCGCUAUUGCUCUGGGAGCGUUCCUCAUGAUCAGCGGCACGGCAAUACAGUCGGCCUCUUUCAGUGCUAGCAUGUUUAUGGGAGCUCGGUUUCUGUUUGGCUUCGGCCUUGCGUUUGCAACGAGUGCCUCGCCGUUGCUUAUUGCGGAGCUCGCCUACCCAUCUCACCGCGGACCCAUUGUGUCCGCGUAUAACUCCUUGUGGUACUCCGGAGCCAUAGUCGCAGCUUGGACUACCUUUGGCACUUUCCGCAUCCCAACUCAGUGGGCCUGGCGCAUCCCUUCUAUUCUACAGGGAGCGCCGUCAAUCCUGCACGUCACCCUAAUUUGGCUUUGCCCCGAAUCACCUCGCUGGCUGCUCUCUAAGGGGAAGGAUGCUGCUGCCUUAAGGAUCCUCGCCUUCUAUCAUGGUCGAGGAGACGAGAAAAAUCCCCUUGUCCGGUACGAGCAUAGCGAAAUCAAGAAAGCGAUAGAACGAGACCGCAAAGUUGCAGAAACAGUUGGCUGGCGGACUCUUCUAGCCACUCCUGGGAACCGACGUCGCAUGCGGAUGAUUAUCGCCCUCGCCUUCUUUUCUCAAUGGUCCGGCAACGGCUUGGUCACUUACUACCUCAAUUUGGUCUUCGAUACCAUAGGAAUUACGUCAACAACUACUCAAACACUCAUUAACGGUGUCCUACAAAUAUUCAAUCUUUCCAUCUGUCUACUUGCAUCCGCGUUGGUCGACAAAGCGGGUCGACGAGUUCUGUUCCUCACCUCUAGCGGAGGAAUGCUUCUCUUCUUCAGUUUACUCACGGUAUGCUCGGCCAGAUAUGCUAUUACUGGAAGCAGCGCGGCGGGUGAUGCUGUCAUCGCCUUCAUUUUCCUCUUUUUCGGCACGUUCUGCUUGGCCUUCACCCCGCUCACCGUUCCAUAUACAAUCGAGAUUCUACCGUAUUCUUUACGCGCAAAGGGAUUCACAGUGUUUAGCUUCUCGCUAGCGCUGGCGCUGAUUUUCAACCAAUUCGUCAAUCCUAUCGCCCUGCCUGCCCUCGGCUGGAAGUACUAUAUUGUGUACGACUGCUUCUUGGUCUUCGAAUUUGCAUUUAUGUACUUCUUCUGCAUCGAGACGAAGAACCGUACACUCGAGCAAACCGCUGCUUUGUUUGAUGGUGAGCAAGCUGUUCAAGAUCUCGCAACUUCCGGAAUCACAGCUAUCAUUCUUCCGAACGAGAGUAGAGAAGGUCUGGACGAAGUUGAGAAGCGAGGAGAGCAGAGCGUAGCUUAG